UCAGGUGCCAAGGAGAUGGCCAAGCUCCGUAAGGGGUGGGAGCCGGGCUAGCCCUGGGCACAGAGCGCGGAGAUCUCUACUCCUCGCUCCCCUCUCCAGUUUGUUAACAACUGUCUGUCCUACACCUUCAUUCUUGGAGUCAGAUCCCAUCUGCGACAGGACACCUGCACCUGCCACCUGCCCCGUCCUGCUUCUUCCCCAGAGCGUGGCCCUAAAAGCUCAGGUGAGAUGAGCGCCGCUGAGCUCUCUGGGAAAUGGAGUCUCGGGAACCCGGCGGUGGCUGAUGUUCGUUAGGCACAGAGGCGGAGAAGACUCCAUUUCCCAGAAAUCAUCGGGAUAUCAGCCUGGGCCUGCGCCUUCAGAUCCAGAUCGCAUCGAUUCUUGAGAACUCUUGGAAGUUGUAGUUUCAGGGCUCGAGACGCGCAGGCGCUGUUCUCCGUGGGGCCCGGACGUUCCUUCGAGCCUUUGUUUCGUGGGUCAGCUCUGCAGCGCAGGGCCUUUGACUGCUGCAGGAGCCUGGGCUGAGAUCAGCGACCGAGCCACUCCACAAGUGCCAGCAGAAGGCUCCUCCGGGGGAGACGGGCUCCUGGGAUGCUGGUCCGACCAGAUGGACCCUGAGUUUGUGCAGGCCUAGUGAAGGCCAAAGAGCCUUAACAGAAACUUAGGGGAAAGGGAGUGUCCUUGGGAAACCAGCAUCCCUCAGAGGGGGCUCCCACUGCCAGACACAGGCUGAUGGGAAAGGCAACUCUUCAUCUUGCCUUUGGAGGAAAGCCAGAGCAUCUCGCGAGGCCGAGGUGAUCAUGGAGAACCUGGCCCAAGUGGUUGGGAGAGCUUUCCCUUCUCAAGACUCCACCCUUCCCCAAGAGAGGGCCCCGGAGCAGGAGGAAGGAAUGACCUCUGAUCUCCUGUUGGAUGGAAUCCAGGAAUCAGUAACAUUUAAGGAUGUGGCUGUGGACUUUACUCAAGAAGAAUGGAUACAACUGGACCCAGCACAGAGAAACCUGUACAGGGAUGUGAUGCUGGAGAACUAUAAGAACUUUGUCUCCUUGGGGUUUCCCAUCUUUAAACCAGAUGUGAUAUCCCAGCUGGAGCGGGGGGAAGGACCAUGGGCACCAGAGACAGAAAUCUCACAAGUCAUUUGUCCAGAUUCCAUUAUUCAGAAGACAAGAUAUGAAAACUUAGACUGGAUUCAAAAGCAGGACAUUUCUCUGGGAGAGUCAUCUAAAGAGAUAAUUAGAAAGAAUUAUCCCUGGUCUUCUGAGUUGGGAGGAGCAUGGGAAUGUGAUGUCAGGCUAGAGAAGCAGAAGGGUAACUGGAAUAGACAAUCCAAGGAAGUUAUGAUGUUUCAUGCAAAAACUGAUGAUGAGUUGAAUAUUAAUGAAUGUAAUACAUUUGGAAGAAGGUUUAGUCUAGCAUCAAUCAUUGUUCCAUCACAAAGAGUUCCAAUAGGGAAAAUUCUCCAUAAAUAUGAUACACUUAAUAAGAACUUCAAACAGUUUUCAGAGCUUAAUAAACAUAAUAGAAUGCCCUAUUCUGUUUGUAAAUAUAAUAAAUGCAGGAAGCCCUUCACUUACCACUCAGACCUUAUUCAGUAUCAUAGAAUACAUACUGUAGAAAGACCAUUUGAAUGUAAUGAAUGUGGAAAAUCGUUCACCAAUAAUUCAAUCCUUAGAAACCACCAGAGAAUUCAUACUGGAGAGAAACCUUAUAACUGUAAUGAAUGUGGUAAAGCCUUCAAUCAGAGAGGUCACCUUACUGAACAUCAGAGAAUUCAUACUGGAGAGAAGCCCUACAUCUGUAAUGAAUGUGGGAAAGCCUUCAGUAACAAUUCAAUACUUAGGAGUCACCAGAGAAUUCACACUGGAGAGAAACCCUACAAAUGUAACGAAUGCGGGAAAACCUUCAACCAGAGGGGACAUCUUAAUGAACACCAGAGAAUUCAUACUGGAGAAAAGCCUUUUGAAUGUGCUGAAUGUGGGAAAGCUUUUAGUCAUAGAGUAUAUCUUACUUUACAUCAGAGAAUUCAUACUGGAGAAAAACCCUAUAAAUGUAAUGAAUGUGGGAAAGCUUUUAGCCAGAGGGGACAUCUUACUGAACAUCAGAGAAUUCAUACUGGAGAAAAGCCCUAUAUCUGUAAUGAAUGUGGAAAAGCCUUCAGCAACAACUCAAUUCUUAGAAAUCAUCAAAGAAUUCAUUCUGGUGAACGACCUUAUAAAUGUAGUGAAUGUGGAAAAACCUUCAACCAGACAAGACAUCUUAUUCAACAUCAAAGAAUUCAUACUGGUGAGAAACCCUUUGCAUGUACUGAAUGUGGAAAGGCUUUCAGUCAUAGAGUAUACCUUACUUUACAUCAAAGAACUCAUACUGGAGAAAAACCCUAUAAGUGUAAUGAAUGUGGGAAAACUUUUAGCCAGAGAGGGCAUCAUACUGAGCAUCAGAGAGUUCAUACUGGAGAGAAACCCUACAUCUGUAAUGAAUGUGGCAAGGCCUUCAGCAAUAACUCAAUCCUUAAGAAUCAUCAGAGAAUUCAUACUGGAGAAAAACCCUAUAACUGUAAUCAUUGUGAAAAAGCAUUCAAACAAAAGAGGCACCUUACUGACCAUCAGAGAGUUCAUACUGGAGAAAAAUUUUUAAAACGUUUGGAAAGAGGGAAAACUUUAAGCCAUAAGGCCAGGCUUGCUCUACAACGAAUUCAUGCUGGUGAGAAACCCUUUGAAUUUAAUGAAUGUGGAAAUACUAUUAACCAGAAUUCAAACCUUACUUUACAUCCAAUGAUUGAUACUGGGGAGAAAACUUUUGAACAUAAUGAAUCUGGCAAAGUGUUAUUCCAGAAAGGACACCUUAUUGAACAUCAGAAGAGCCAUGCUGGAGAGAAACUCUUUGAGUGUAAUGAGUGUGGUAAAAAUUUCAACAAAAGUCUCCUUUUGAUUGAACAUCAGAGAAUUCAUACUGGAGAGAAAUCGUUUCCAUGUAAUAUAUGUGGAAAAGACUUCAGCCAGAAGGGUCACCUUACUGAACAUAAGAGAAUUCACACUGGAGAGAAGCUCUUUGAAUGCAGUGUGUGUAGGAAGAGUUUUAGUCAUAGGACAUCCUUUAUUAAUCAUCAGAAGAUCCAUUCUGGAGAGAAACCCUAUGAAUGCAACGAAUGUGGAAAAGCUUUUAGCAAUAACUCAAGCCUUUGGAAUCAUCACAGAAUUCAUACAGGAGAGAAACCCUUUGAAUGCAGUGAAUGUGGGAAAGCCUUCAGCCAGAGGGGACAUCUUACUGAACAUCAGAAAAUUCAUACUGGAGAGAAACCCUUUGAGUGUAAUGAAUGUGGUAAACACUUCAGCCAUAAAACAUCCUUUAUCAAUCACCACAGAAUUCAUACUGGAGAGAAACCCUAUGAAUGCAAUGAAUGUGGAAAAACCUUCAGAAGUAAUUCAGUCCUCAGGGAUCAUGAAAGAAUACACACUGGAGAGAAACCCUUUGAGUGUAAUGAAUGUGGAAAAGCUUUCCGGCAGAGGGGCCACCUUGCUGAACAUAGGAGAAUUCAUACUGGAAAGAAACCCUUUGAAUGUAAGGAAUGUGGGAAAGCAUUUAGCACCAGCUCAACACUUAGGAAACACCUUUGUAAGCAUCUUUCUAAACUUUAAAGCAUUAGUCAUGACUUAUUUGAAAGUGAAUUUUAAAGGGAAAUCCUAUCAUUAGAUCAGGGGAUCAUGUUGGCAUGUGCUCCAAAACUUACCAGAGAUCAGAGACUUUAUGCUGGACGUUAACUAGGGAUGUAAUGAAGUAGGGAAAAGCUGUGACUUUUCAUUGCUAUGUACUGGAGAAUCAAUAGGUCAGUUUGACAGUAGAUACAAAGUUGUUUGGUACUUUAAUAGAUCAAAAUAACUUUUUUUUUUCCCUUUAUGCAUCCAGUAAUACAUGUUAAUUGCCAUCAGGCAGCAGUAACAAUGUUAGUCAAUACAGCAACUUAUGCUGGUUCUAAACUAAAUGCUUAAAAUGCAAGAUUUCCAAAAGAAUUUCUUUAAUAAAAGCACUAAAAUAUUCUUUAGUGAAAAAAAUUAAUUUGAAUACCUUUGAAAGGAUUGAAAGAGAGUGGAAAAGUUGCCCGAGAUAAAUGAAAAUAACAUGAAACAUAUUGUUCUGGAAGUUUCUCUUAAGCUUUAUAUUGAUUUACCUUGGAUGUGAAUGGGUGCAAUUUAUAGCUACCAUAUUUUGGUCUGGGGUAGAACUAUAGAAUGUCAUAGCUGGAAGACCCUCCAAAUUCAUUUAAUCCUACUUUCCUAUUUUAUGGAAGGGAAUAAUGUAGAUCAGGAAAAGGAGAAUAAGGAUGAAAUUACAUUUAAAAAAAUUUUCAAUUUCUUAUUGCAAAAGCACAUGAGAAAUUCUAAGAGAAUUCAACCUAUGGUGGGAAAAAGCAUAGACUCGUUGGGGAGAGCUGACACUAAAAACAAGGUAUGAUAGAAAGGGCUGAUGACAUAACUUGUGUAGCUGCCUUUUCCCCAUGGUUGUGACUAGCCUUAUUAGACUCUAGCAUAAAAGGAAUAGCAGGUUAAAUUCUUCACAGCCUCCAAGAUAUUUUAGACUACCGAUAUGUCGACCUAGAGACAGGUUGAUACAGAUUCCAGAUGUGGAAGCAAAGUCUUUAUGACCCCUUGGGUGCCUCUUUGACUUCUCCCGAAAUCAUAGCAUCAUACUAAUUGGAGCUGGAAAAUCCCUACACUUGGUAUAUUCCAAACCUCUCACUUUAUAGAUGAAGCAGCUUUGGCCUAGCUAAGGCAGAUGACUUGCCAAAGACAGAACAGUAAGUGGCCAAGGUCAGAUCCAGAGCCCAGUGGGAUGGUCCCAGAUGUUGUGCUUUUUCCUCCCCAGAGCCCCUCCUCCACUGCUUUGUAGAGCCUUUAAGAGUGCUGAGCUGGAGUCUCCCCGCUGUGGGGAGUGGCUGUUUGACCAUGGGCAUGUCACUCACCCUCUCAGACCCUGUUUGCUUCUAUCAGUGGGAGAAUACCUGCAGUACCAAUUCCCCACGAUGUUGUGGGGCUUCAGUGAGAUCAUAGAUGUAGGAUGCUUUGCAAAAAUAAGAUGUUAGUUAUUGUUAUAACCCAUAAUCGCCUGCUCUCUUAUAUACACUCCAGAGACACAAAUAAACCGUUUGGUCCAGUUUUCUUUGUCUUUUGUUCCACCUAAUCACAGCAACAGAUGUCCCCCUUCCCCUUGAAGGGUUACUGGCCCAAGCUAAGAUCUGAUUCUCUCCCCAUGUGAAUUUGACUGACAGAUUCGGCGGUAUGCCUGUUUUCACUGUCAGUCAACAUCUGGCAUGAUUGUGGGGAGAUUAGUUGAGAUGGUCUGAACCCAUAACAGGGCUUUGUGAAAUUCACAUAAGGCUAAUAAGAAUGGAGGAGGAACAUCUGCUUUUAUUAAGCUGAUGGAUCCUACUGCUGAUCCUGGUUCCCAAACUGGCCAGGAAUGGAGUCUUAUGGAAGGCAGCCUCUCAUCCUUUUAAAGUUUUCUACUUGUAAUGUGUUGACUGCUAAGAAAAAUUCAAAGAUAGGUCUUUUCCAACAGAUUUUUUGAAAGUCUUGCACCUGGGCAUUAGGGCAUAAUGCUUUCAUGUUUCUUUGUCGUAUUCUUCAGCCAGCUGCAGGGCUUUUGCACUACAUAGAAAUUCAAAAGGUCAAGAAGAAUGGAGGUCCUUAAAGCCAUGAACUUUAAUUUUAUAUUUUCAUCCUCAGCAGCAGUCCUUUGCCAUCAUUUCUUUCCUCAUCCCAAACUUCUCUUUAGACACUCAAUUGUACCUUUAAGAGAUUGUCUCUGUCCUGCUUCUUAUCAUUACAACUUUUCUGCCUUUUGGAUGCUGUGUUGUAAUUUCACUAUUAUUACAAGUUUCAUUCUGUUGAAAUUGUUAAUGAUCCAUUCCCAUUGACCAGCAAUUAAUUAUAUAGAACCACAGGCAUUGCAGCUUUAUUCAUUUAAAAGUGAAACAAAUAGUCAGCAAAUGAAUUGGAAAAUGUCUUUCACAAAUUAGCUAUAUGCCAUUCUUUACAUGAGACAUGAGUACAUAGUAUAAAGCAACUGUUACAUGAAGGUGUACUUGUUAAAGGGAUUGUUUAUCAUGCGCUGGAAAAAGAAAGAAUAUUUGUUAAAACAUAACUAUAUGAAAUAAAGGAGAUUAUAUAUUAAGACAUGCA